AUGAACUCCUCGCUCAAAUCCACAAAAGAUCCUCGAUCCCGGGAUCUAGAAUAUAAAUCUCGACUCGUCAUCGAAUACUGCCACCAAAUCCGACAGGAAUCGCCUGACACCUGGGUUUUCUGGGUUCACGCGAGUAAUGCUGCGCGCUGCGAGGAAAGUCUGCGCAACCUUGCCGACCGUGCUAAGAUUCCCGGGCGUCAGGAUCGCAACUCUAAUAUUUUCCAACUCUUCGGGAACUGGUUGCAAGAUGGGAAGAUCGGAAAAUGGAUUCUGGUCCUGGAUAAUGUCGAUGAUCAUGAGCUCCUUCGCAAACCAUUGACUACUCGGACAGAGGCCCAAGCAGAACCCCCGAGGUAUGCCCCAACGCAGCCACCGCUAAGGUACCUUUUCGCAAGCUCGAAUGGUUCCAUCAUCAUCACAAGCCGGAAUAGAGGGGUAGCUCUAGAGCUCGCCGGCCAUGAGAAACAUCUGAUCGAUAUACAACCUAUGAAUGCAGCCGAGGCGCUGGUUCUAAUGCGGAAGAAGCUAGAUGAUUGUGCAGAGACCGAGGAAUUGGUUCAGCUAGUCAACGAACUCGAGUUCAUGCCACUCGCGAUUGUGCAAGCCGCUAGCUACAUCACCCACCGUGCACCCCGAUGCUCGGCAUUGCAAUACCUAGAAAAGCUUCGUCGGGGUGAUCGGCAAGCCGCAAGACUUCUUAAUCACGAGAGAAAACACAUCGAUCGAGACUGGGAGGCAAAAAACUCUAUCCUACUGACUUGGCAAAUUUCGUUCGACCAUAUUCGACGGAUCAGGCAGUCUGCCGCUGAUUUGCUGUCUCUGAUGAGCUUUUUCGACCGGCAGGGAAUCCCAGAGGGUCUUCUACGGGUGCAAGACAAAAACCAUGAACCUUUAAGUUCUCCGCAAGACGUUGGGAACAGAUCAAGUGAUGAGGAUACGGAUCACUCGUCUGAACCCGACGUAGAUGACGAUUUUGAGAGCGAUAUUGCGAUUCUCAGAGACUAUUCCUUUAUCACUUCAGAUAAAAAUAGCAUGGUGUUCACAAUGCAUCGGCUUGUGCAGCUAGCAGUACGCAUAUGGUUGAAAACCUAUGGUCAAGAGGAGGAGUGGAAGGAACGUUUCAUCAGGAAUCUAUGUGGUGAAUUCCCGACCGGUUAA